UACCUACAUGCCAAUGGGAUUGUUCACCGUGAUUUGAAACCAGAAAAUCUACUGUAUGCAACACCAGCUCCAGAUGCACCUUUAAAAAUAGCUGAUUUUGGACUUUCCAAGAUUGUUGCAGACCAAGUAACAAUGAAAACAGUCUGUGGAACUCCAGGGUACUGUGCACCAGAAAUUCUACGAGGAUGUGCCUAUGGCCCAGAAGUAGACAUGUGGUCCUUGGGAAUAAUCACCUACAUUCUUCUCUGUGGCUUUGAACCCUUCUAUGAUGAAAGAGGAGAUCAGUAUAUGUUCAAGAGGAUUCUGAACUGUGAAUACGAUUUUGUUUCCCCCUGGUGGGAUGAUGUUUCUCUAAACGCAAAGGAUUUGGUUAAGAAGUUGAUUGUGCUGGAUCCCAAAAAGCGUCUCAGUACAUUUCAAGCUUUACAGCACCCCUGGGUUACAGGAAAAGCAGCUAAUUUUGCUCAUAUGGAUACAGCCCAAAAGAAACUGCAAGAAUUCAAUGCUCGCCGUAAACUUAAGGCUGCAGUGAAAGCUGUUGUUGCAUCAACUCGUCUGGGAAGCGCAAGCUGUCAUGGCAGCCACGACAGCAGUAAGCCCAGCCAAAACGAAUCUCCAAGUCAAGAAUGCGAUCUGGAGGAAAAAGUGGAGGGGGAAGUAGAAGCAACAAACCUCACUGAACCUCAGAAAGUGGGUCUUCCAGCAGCAGCAUCAGAAGGAGAAUCUUAAGCCUUGGGGUAUCUUACUUAGCCCAGAUCUGAAAUUUCAUGCCCCAGCCAAGUUACCAUUCAGCAAGAAAGAAUUAGAAGCAUGGCCCCUCUGGGGGCUUUGUUAUGAGAUGCAAAAUGCACCAGCUGGUGAUCUUAACCAAUGCAUGUGACUGCUUCUGAAAAAUAGUAAACAGUCUUUUGUUGGCAUGCCAUGGACAAAGUGAUAUUUACAGU